CUCACACCCUCUAAGGGCCUCUUCUCUCCUUCUUCUUCUUCUUCCUAUCUUUCUCUCAACAAUUCCUUUCCAUUUAGAAAGAAGAAAAUGGUGAAGUUUUCAAAGGAGCUUGAAGCUCAACUAAUCCCAGAAUGGAAGGACGCCUUUGUAAACUACUGGCAACUCAAAAAACAGAUAAAGAAGAUCAAGCUCUCACAAAAACCCGCACAUCCCCACCAUGUUCUUGAUCAUGAAUAUGGUCUCUCGAUUUUUGAUCCCAUUCGCUCCCUCGCCAAUAAUAUAUCCAGCAAGCUCUUCCACUCUGAUACCAUGACCGAAAUCAUUCAGGUAAAGAGCAGGAGAAUGGAGGAUGGUGAUGUGUACCAAACUGAGCUUGUUCAAUUGUUCUCAGAAGAAGAUGAGGUGAGGGUGUUUUUUGAGGGAUUGGAUGAGGAGCUAAAUAAAGUGAACCAGUUUUACAAGACCAAAGAGAGUGAGUUUCUUGAAAGAGGAGAGAUUCUAAACAAGCAGCUAGAGAUUUUACUGGACCUCAAACGGAUCCUCAAUGAACGCCGCCGUAAGCCGAACGCCGGGGUUCUUUCUCGUUCCUGGUCAUCUUCACCUCGGAACUCUGAUUUUUCUGAGAGUGCAAGUGAAUCAAAUGAGAUCUCAACAGAUUCACAAACUGAUGAAAUCAUCGCAGCACUAGAGAAAAAUGGUAUCAAUUUCAUCAACUCGGCGACAAGAACAAAAACAAAGAAAGGGAAACAUAAGAUGGCAAUGAGGAUUGACAUUCCGGCUACGACACCAACACGAACAAUCACAGCCGUAACAUCGAUGUUGUGGGAAGAUUUGGUCAAUAAUCCUAAAAAAGAAGGUGCCGGUGAUUUCAUUAAUAGAAAGAAGAUCCAGUGUGCUGAGAAGAUGAUUAGAGGUGCAUUUGUGGAGCUCUAUAGAGGCCUUGGUCUACUUAAAACGUACAGCUCACUGAAUAUGGUGGCCUUCACGAAAAUAUUGAAGAAAUUCGACAAGGUAUCCAAUCAGCAGGCAUCGGCAAGUUACUUAACAGUAGUGAAGAGAUCCCACUUUAUUAGCUCCGAUAAGGUUGUUAGGCUAAUGGAUGAUGUGGAGUCCAUAUUCACAAAGCACUUCGCCAACAAUGACAGGAAAAGGGCUAUGAAGUUCCUGAGACCCCAGAGACAAAGAGAGUCUCACAUGGUCACUUUUUUUGUUGGAUUAUUUACUGGCUGUUUUGUAUCACUGUUCAGUGUAUACGCAAUCUUGGCUCACUUAUCUGGUAUUUUUAGGCCAAAUUCUGAGAGAUCAUAUGUGGAAACUGUCUACCCUGUUUUCAGUGUCUUUGCCUUGUUAAGUUUGCACUUGUUUAUGUAUGGGUGCAACCUCUUCAUGUGGAAGGGAACAAGGAUCAACUACAACUUCAUUUUUGAAUUCCAACCCAGCACAGCCCUCAAGUACAGAGACGCCUUUCUCAUUUGCACCACCUUCAUGACCUCGGUGGUUGCGGCAAUGGUAAUCCAUCUUCUCUUAAGAGCUAGUGGUUUUUCGCCAAACCAUGUUGAUGCCAUUCCUGGGAUUCUCCUCGUUAUUUUUGUUUUCGUGCUCAUUUGCCCAUUUGACAUCUUCUAUCGCCCAACACGUUAUUGCUUCGUCCGUACUAUAAGAAACACAGUCUGCUCUCCAUUUUACAAGGUUUUGAUGGUCGACUUUUUCAUGGCAGACCAGCUUACUAGCCAGAUUCCAUUAAUGAGGUACAUGGAAUCCACAGCUUGUUACUUUAUAGCUGGGAGUUUCAAGACUCAUAGAUAUGAAACCUGCAACUCCGGAAGGCUAUACAGGGAGCUUGCUUAUGUCAUUUCAUUUUUGCCUUACUAUUGGCGUGCUAUGCAGUGUGCAAGAAGAUGGUUUGAUGAAAGUGACCUGAACCAUUUGGCUAACAUGGGGAAGUACGUUUCUGCCAUGGUGGCAGCCGGUGCGAGGCUUACUUACGCUAAUCAGGAGAACCACCUAUGGUUAGGUAUAGUCCUGGUUACUUCUGUGUUUGCUACCAUAUAUCAAUUGUACUGGGAUUUUGUUAAGGACUGGGGACUUCUCAACUCUAAAUCCAAGAAUCUGUGGCUAAGAGAUGAUUUGAUUCUAAAGAACAAAAGCGUCUAUUACAUGUCCAUCGCCCUGAACAUAGUUCUUAGAGUUGCUUGGGUGGAGACUGUCAUGGGGUUCCGCUUCAAUAUGGUUGAGUCACGUAUGUUAGAUUUUUUCUUGGCUUCUUUGGAGGUAAUUCGACGUGGCCAUUGGAAUUUUUACAGGUUGGAGAAUGAACAUCUGAAUAAUGUUGGAAAGUUCAGGGCAGUGAAGGCAGUUCCCCUGCCAUUCCGCGACACUGAUUCUGAUGGCUGAGAUGUUCUUCCAUCAAAAUGUAUAGAGUUCCCGUGCAAGUUCAUUCCAGAUGAAGUCCCUGGAAGGCGGACAUAAUGACAUAAAUGGGCCAUAUUCAGUACUUCUUAUGAUGACAUAUAUGGAAUCCGUAUCUUAUAAGAAAAUGUGCGAGUAUCCUUGCCCUUCUGCACAGAUCCAGUUGAUUCUGCUAUUGUAAAGCUCUGAGUGUAAUGAAGAAAGCGAACAUCAAGUUUACUUUGUAUUAUCUUGUACAAUGUUUGGGAAUUCUAACUUCGAUUGGAUUAUAUGAAUGAAACUACCAAAAAA